AUGAAGAGCAAAUCCAUAGUCAUACCUUGUACUUCGUCUUUCUGUGAGAGUUGUUGCGAGAAGGUUGCUUGGGGGUUCAAGAAGGAAAAUGAAGCCAUACCUAAAGAUGUUCCAAGAGGACAUUUGGUAGUGUAUGUGGGUGAUGAUCACAAGAGGUUUGUGAUAAAGAUGAGUUUGCUUAAACAUCCAAUCUUCAAGGCAUUGCUUGAUCAAGCUCAAGAUGCUUAUGAUUUCAGUUCUGACUCAUCAAGAUUAUGGAUUCCAUGCGAUGAAAACACUUUCCUCGAUGUCGUCCGUUGCAGUGGCGCUCCUCAGCAUCAAAGGAAGUGCAUUGGCAUGUACUAUAUUCUAAAAUAA